AUGGACUCGAAUAAUUCCAUCACCGAUGAAAGUGAUCAUGAUAUAAUCUUAAACUCUUCCACUAAUCAAAAUUCUUCAAAUCAAAACCUAUUAUCUCCGGAUUCUGCCAAUGCAUUUUCCAUGAUUCAAAAUUCUUGGAUUGAAAAUUGGACCGAUCCUUUACCAACAAAUAAAGAAGAUCGAAUUAAACAAGCUUUAAAAUUGAUGGAAAAUGAAGAAUUAGCAUUCAAUAAUGGUAAAAAAAUUAAAAAACAUUCCAUUAGGCAGAUUGCGGUUUUUUUCAAAAUCCCCAAAUCAACACUUUAUGAUAGAUUGAAAAAUAAAUUACCUUCACAAAUUACCAUUCAACAAUCAACUUUACCCACAUCCACUCCAACUUCCACUACUCUAAAGAAAAAUUCAAUUUCUUCACAUAGAUUACAAAUGAAGAUUUCUCCUGAAAGAGAAUUGAAAUUGAUUGAACAAAUUAAAUUACUUUGUCAAAUAAUGGGGAAUAUUUUGAAUCCAACUCAAAUUAAAAAUUUCAUCAUCACAUCUCUGGAUGAUAAUCAAAUUAUCUUGGGUAAAAAAUGGGUUCAUAAUUUUAUUCGUCGUCAUGAAACUUCCAUCAUUUAUGGUUCUUUAAAUCAUAACAAUAAUAAUAUUCAAUUAAUCAAUCUACGUAAUUCAAGAAACCAUUUCCCCUAUUUGUGGAAAUGUUUCGUACCUUUAUUACAAUCUGUUUUAAAUAAAAAUGUUUCCUUCUAUUACAUCACAAGAUCUUCCAUUAAUAAAAAAAAUUUAUCAAGUAUAUUCACUUGUUUUGAAAUUUCUAUUGAUAAAUCAUUGCAUCAUAAUAAUACUACUUCUUUUAAAAUUCUUCCCAAGUUUAAACCAAUUGCUAUUAUAUUCCCUGAUUUUUUCGAAUUAGAUAAUUCGAAUCCUAACUCAAAUUCCUUAUUACAAAUUCAAAAUGAAAAUACCAAUACUACUGUAACUAGCAAUAAUGGUAAUAAUAACUUUUUGGAUAUUAAUCUUCCCAAUAAUGAAAAUUCUACCAACUUGUUGAAAAAUAAAAGUCUUAAAAAAAUAAAAUCAGACCCUACAACGACAACCUCUAACAUAACUCCUCAAGAUGAAAAAAUUCAAAAACAAUUUAAAUUAGAUAAAUUAAAUUCCAUCUUCCUAAGAUUUUAUGAAAAAUGUGGUAAAGUGUAUAAUAAGCAAAACCCAAAUCAACCGUUUAUAAUUUUUGAAGGUUUAAAUGAUCUUUAUAAUUGGACUCCAAAUUUCAUUUUAGAAAAUAUCUCAAUCAACCACUUUUUAUCAUUACCUUGGAAUCAAUCAAUUUUCCAAGAAACUAUAAUAUAUCAAUUUAAAGAUUAUUUAUUAGAUAUCAAAAAUAGUAUAAAAUCAAUGAAUUCUACUCAAUUAAAAUCUUUGGAAUUCGAUUUAGAUUCUCAAAAUUUGGAUUUAAAUAUUAUCAAUAAACAAUUUGCCAAUGUCGUAUCUAAUAUUUCAUCAAAUACCACAAAUAAUAAUACAACAAAUUUAAUUAUUGAUGAUGAUAGUUCAAAUGAUACUUUAAAUUUAGCCAAUAGGUUAACAAAAUCAAUAAAUAAUAAUCACAGUAACAACAACAACAAUAAUAAUAAUACUGCUAAUACCACUAAUAAUAUUCAAGCAACUCCACAAGAUUUACUUCCUGAUGUAGAAUUAAACAUGUUCACAACUCCUUCACCGUUUACUUCUUCUACAAAUAAUAAUACUAAUAAUUCUAAUUCCAAUACUAAUACUAAUAAUAAUAAUAAUAAUAGGCAAGACACAAAUAAUUCUACAAUGUUAACUACAGGGUUAUCAAUGAUAACUGAUGUUCAACCUUCAUCUUUGACAAGAAAAAAUAAUCAUAAUAAUCCAACCAACUCCAUGGAAAUUCAAGCACCCUUAAAUAUUUUCGAAGAUAAUUCUGUAGUUCAAUUACAAGAUAUAGUUCGGACCAUUGAAGCAAAUGAAGACAAUAUUUUCGCUGAUGUAUUAAAUGGAGACGCUAAACUUCAAUUAGAAGAUAUCUUUAGAAGGCUUAAAGAAAUUAUACCACAUUAA